AUGGCACUCAAUCAGGAACCUCGUCAGACAACUAGUAAUCUCGGACAUUUACAGAAGCCAAGCAUCCAGGCCUUAAUUCACGGCCUUAAUCGACAUUACUACUCAAUUCCGAUAGCUUACCGAACCCAUGAUUUGGAGCAGAAGAUGCUGUUGAAUCUAAACAAACAGUCUUGGAUGGAUUCUUUAGCUGUAAGAAAUUAUACCAGCUGCAGUGAAAAAAAUAAGGAAAGCAUGCAAGCAAUGUUUAAACUCGCGAAGAUGUACAAAAAGGCUUUGGAAGACGAAGAAAAAAUGACUGACGAAGAGCUGGCUAUAAAAAAUGUGGGAAAACAAGACCCCAAAAGGCAUCUUGGAGAGGAGGUCACAAGGAUGUUGAGUGAUAAUAUUGUUCAGAAUCUUGCUGGGAUGAUGGAUACUACUUCAUUCCAAUAA